UGUGUGGUGUAUAUAUAUAUAUAUAUAUAUAUAUAUAUAUGACCAAGUACUUUUUCAACUCCACCAUCUCCACUGAAACCGCACCUUUGAGAAUCAAUCAAUAAUAAUUUUCGCAUUUCGAUCGCCUUUGGUUUUACUUUUACUAAUACUAAUGGAGGAGGUAGAGGUAGAGGUAGAGGUAGAGGUGCCGAGUUAUUUUGUGUGCCCGAUUUCGCUGGAGAUAAUGCGGGAUCCGGUGAUCCUGCCGUCGGGGAUCACCUACGACCGCCAGAGCAUCGAGCGCUGGAUCUUCGCCGACGGCAAGACGACCUGCCCCGUGACCCGGCUGCCGCUCCCGCUGCCGGCCGACGACCUCGACCUCGACCUCACCCCCAACCACACUCUGCGCCGCCUCAUCCAGGCCUGGUCCGCCCUCCACUCCUCCGAGCGCUUCCCCACCCCCAAACCCCCCCUCGACAAGCACUCCGUCUCCCGCCUCCUCCAAGAAUCGAGCGCCAGCCGGCACCACCUCCUGAGCUGCCUGCGGAAGCUCAAAGCUCUCGUCUCGGAGGGCGAGAGGAACCGCCGCUGCGUCGAGUCGACCCCCGGCGCGGUCGAAUUCUUGGCCUCGGUCGUCGCCUCCGCCGCCGCCGGCGACGACGCGGAGUGCGACGUCGCGAUCGACGUGCUGGCGUCGUUGAAGCUGUCCGAGCGGAGGAUCGUCGAGGCCGUCGCCGAGAAGAAUCCCGAGUUCGUGGACGCGCUGGUCGGAGUGCUGCGCCGACCGUAUUACCCGUCGCGGGCGCACGCGGUGGCGAUCCUGCGGUCGCUCGCCGGCGCGCUCUCCCCCGCGCGGCUGGCGGCGCUCGGCGAGGACUUGUUCCGCGAGGUGGUCAGGGUGCUGCGCGACCGGGUGUCGCAGCAGGCGACGAAGGCGGCGCUGCAGGCGCUCGUGGAGCUGGCGCCGUGGGGCCGCAACCGCGUGAAGGCGGUGAGCGCGGGCGCGGUGGAGGUCGUGGUCGAGAUCCUGCUCGAGGGGCCGGACCGGCGGACGUGCGAGCUGGCGCUGGCGGCGGCGGAGCGGCUGUGCGGGUGCGCGGAGGGGCGGGCGGCGCUGGCGAGGCACCCGGCGGGGGUGGCGGCGGUGGCGAAGAAGGCGCUGCGGGUGUCGCACGCUGCCACGGACCGCGCCGUCAGGGCGCUGUGCUCGGUGGCGCGGCACGCGCCCGCGGCGGCCGUGCUGGCCGAGAUGGCGAGCGUGGGCGCCGUCGCGAAGCUCUGCCUCGUGCUGCAGUCCCCCGACUGCGGCGACAGGACCAAGGAGCGGGUCAGGGAGGUGCUCAGGUUGCAUUCCAGGGUCUGGAGGAGCUCUCCCUGCUUGUCCCCGCAGUUCUUAGCCUUGUAUCCCCCUCCCUCCUCCUCCUCCUCCUCCUCCUCCUCUCCUCGUGACAUGCAAUGAAUAAUUAAUUAAACACAAGCUGUAGAUUUUGAUACUUUUGUUCCUAAUUUGGGCAUGCAUGAAUUGAAAAGUUAAACAUCAUCAUGCACGCCCAAUAUGUAAUGUUGAAAGUAAAAAAACCUUGUAAAGAAACCAUUUUGUUUCUGGUACGUGCUCUUUUCAAAUGCAUGUAUUCUUUUCAUUUAUAAUAAGAAGAGGAGAAAAUCAUCUAUUUUUAAAA